GCCCGGGGGGCGGCCGGGGAGGGGUCCCGGGAGGGGCUGCCCCGGGCUGUGCGCCCACCCCAUCCCCGCGGCCGGAGCCGGGCCAGGAGGAUGCGCGGUGCCGGGCUCUGAAGCAUGGAGGGGGUUCUGUACAAGUGGACCAACUAUCUCACAGGUUGGCAGCCUCGUUGGUUUGUUUUAGAUAAUGGAAUCCUAUCCUACUAUGAUUCACAAGAUGAUGUUUGCAAAGGGAGCAAAGGAAGUAUAAAGAUGGCAGUUUGUGAAAUUAAAGUCCAUUCAGCAGACAACACGAGAAUGGAAUUAAUCAUUCCAGGAGAGCAGCAUUUCUACAUGAAGGCCGUGAAUGCAGCUGAGAGACAGAGGUGGCUGGUUGCUCUCGGGAGCUCCAAGGCGUGUUUGACUGAUACUAGGACUAAAAAAGAAAAAGAAAUAAGUGAAACCAGCGAAUCUCUAAAAACCAAAAUGUCUGAACUUCGCCUGUACUGUGACCUCCUAAUGCAGCAAGUUCAUACAAUCCAGGAAUUUGUUCACCAUGAUGAGAAUCAUUCAUCUCCCAGCAUAGAGAAUAUGAAUGAAGCCUCUUCUCUGCUCAGUGCUACAUGUAAUACAUUCAUCACGACACUUGAGGAAUGUGUGAAGAUAGCAAAUGCCAAGUUUAAGCCUGAGAUGUUUCAGCUGCCCCAUCCGGAUCCUUUAGUGUCUCCUGUGUCACCUUCUCCUGUUCAAAUGAUGAAACGUUCUGUCAGCCACCCUGGUUCUUGUAAUUCAGAAAGGAGUAGCCACUGUACAAAAGAACCAGUGUCUACACUUCACCGACUCUCCCAGCGACGCCGAAGAACCUACUCAGAUACAGACUCUUGUAAUGAUAUUCUCCUUGAAGAAUCAGAUAGACCUACUCACUGUUCAAGAAAUACACUUAAUGGAGACUUGACAUCAGCAACCAUCCCUGAAGAAAACAGACUCACGGCCAAAAAGAAGCCUGAAUCGGAAGAUCUUCUUCCACCCUCCUCUUCCUGAGGAAACCGAAGUGUCCAGCUUCCUCUAAGUAUUGCUAUGCAAAAGCUGCUGUCACUCAGCUGUUGUCAUAGGGAUUAGUGUCUCCCUUAGGAUUUCUCUGCACUUUAUAGAAUAUUGUAAAACAAACAAAAAACCCACAUACUUUUGAAGUGUAUUUUAUCUUUAUAUAGUUUAUUUGCAAGAGUAUUUUCCUAAUAACUUCACAGUAUGAAUGUGCAUCUUUUUUUUUUUUUUUAAACAAAUGAUGAUGUAACAUUUUGACAUCCAUAAGGACAAAUGUAGAUAUUUUUCUAAAAAACUGUGAGGGACUGACGGAUUGGUCAGUGAGUAUUGUAGCUUAUAAACAUGAAAUCUUGAAAGGUUUCAGUUUGACAGAAGUGUGAUACAUGUAACUUGUGCCAUGGACCAAACGGUCACUUUACCCCAGCUAAAACUGAGUUAUGAUAGCAGCUUGAUGGUGAUUGUAUUCUAUUUCUUUAAGCAGAAAGGAAACUCUUAAUAUUCUAAAUAUCUUUAACCCAAAUACCACGACAUUGAAUCCGAAUAUUUUUUAAAACCCAGACUGUGCUGUGCUUCAUAUGUGAAGUUGACACUACUGAAUUUGCCAAUACCAAAUGUUGGGUUAAAAUAUUUAAUUUUUGUUUAUUUAUUUUCUUGUUACAUCAAAAGAGUAUUGCAUCCUCACUUUUGUGACAUACCAAAUUUAAGAUAUGUAUGCAUUGUUAUUUACAUUGCUUUAGAAAUGAGGCUAACAUUGUAGUGACCUUGCUCACUUAUGCCAGAGAAAUAAACCACUUCUGAUGGAAGAGGAUUUUAGUGCUUUUUUCCUCAGAUAGAUGUUAAGCUGCUGUUGUAAGGUAUUGUUUGCAGCUCUUUAGGAUAUCUGGAGACAUUUUAAUUUAUGAAUAUUUAUACAAAAGAGGAAUUCCUUCAAGGUUCUUUGCCACUUGAGAAUGGCAUUAUUUAAAGAACAAAUAGUAUUUUUUGAUAGUGCCUGUCUAUAUCUAUUGUCAGUGUUUGCCUUGUUAUCUGUGUUUCUGAAUUCACUUUGGGGUGAUGAUAUUGUCCAAGGUUUUGGAUGAUGAGCACUUUAAAGCAAACUGGUUUGGUGUUUUUUAAGUUAAUCAUGUUUAAUAAAUAUGUGGUUUUUGCAAUCAAACUCAUCAUAUAAUACAUUGUAUUUUUUAUGCUCA